GCAUGCUAGACCCCAUAGUAUAGAAAAAUCAGAUGACAAACGACAUGCCCCAAAAGGAAAAUACAUAGUUAAUUCCUUCUCUAGAAUCAGACCUUUACCAACGACAAAGUUAGGGAGCCCGAAUAGAGAACCUGGAGUG